CGCGCCUAUCUAUCCUUCUCUCUCUCUCUCUCUCUCUCUCUCCCCCCACCAAACCCUAACCCCCAAAUUUCCAAUCUUCCACCAAACAAACCCUAAUUCCCUCCCAUCGACCCCCAAUCUGGCUCAAUUGACCUCCGAUUCGACCGAUUCCGUUCGAUUUCAGCCAUGUUCAUGACUCUCAAAGCUUCGCGGCUGUAAAUAUAAUGAUCGAGUCGUUGAAGCACCGUGAAAAUUCAUUUUAUGGGUUUGAGCAAUGCCGGAGCUUCGAAAAGGUGUCCGCCGAGGUCGUGCUAGGGUAGCUCACAAGCCGUCGGACCCCCCGCCGCCGCCGCCUCCGUCUCGAAGGACGCGUGCCACGGUCGCGAGGCAGGUAGCUGAGGCUGUGGUCAGGCCGAGGACGAGGUUGGCUGUGAAAAAGCUGAAGGAGGAGGAGGUGCUGCCGGAGCCGGAGAAGGAGAAGGAGAAGGAGAAGGACCGCGUGAUUGUGAUUUCGGAGAAGGAAGACUCCGAUUCGGAGGGUGAAAGGGACGAAGAAGAAGAAGUAGAAGAAGAAGAAGAGGAGGAGGAGGAGGAGGAGGAAGAAGAAGAAGAAGAGAACAAAGCUGUGAUGGCUGACGAUAGUGGUGGCUUGAGUGCUAACAAGGCUGCUGGGCAAGAAGAAGAGGGCAGUACGGCGCCCUUUCCUGAAAAGGUUCAAGUAGGAGGAUCGCCGCAAUAUAAGGUGGAAAGGAAGCUUGGCAAAGGUGGCUUUGGUCAGGUGUUCGUUGGUCGUCGCGUUACCGGUGGAGUUGACCGAACAAGUGGUCCUGGUGCUAUCGAGGUAGCACUGAAAUUCGAGCACAGAAAUAGUAAAGGCUGCAGCUAUGGUCCUCCAUAUGAGUGGCAAGUUUACAACACUCUUGGUGGUAGUCAUGGAGUUCCCAGAGUACAUUAUAAAGGAAAGCAAGGGGACUAUUAUGUAAUGGUUAUGGACAUGCUAGGACCCAGUUUAUGGGAUGUAUGGAACACUUCAGGGCAAGCGAUGUCUGCAGAAAUGGUAGCCUGUAUAGCUGUCGAGUCUUUAUCGAUUCUGGAGAAGAUGCACUCUAGAGGGUAUGUGCAUGGAGAUGUAAAGCCAGAGAACUUUCUGCUUGGUCAGCCAUCUACCGCUCAAGAGAAGAAAUUGUAUCUUGUUGACCUUGGUUUAGCAACAAAGUGGAAAGAUAGCUCAAGUGGGCUUCAUGUUGAAUAUGAUCAACGUCCUGAUAUGUUUAGAGGAACUGUUCGAUAUGCUAGUGUUCAUGCUCACUUGGGAAGAACUGCUAGUAGACGAGAUGACCUCGAAUCACUUGCUUAUACACUUAUUUUUCUCCAUCGAGGAAGGUUGCCAUGGCAGGGGUAUCAGGGUGAUAACAAAUCUUUCCUAGUUUGUAAAAAGAAGAUGGCGACAUCACCUGAAAUGCUGUGCUGUUUCUGCCCCGCAGCUCUAAGGCAAUUUCUUGAGAUCGUUGUGAACAUGAAAUUUGAUGAAGAGCCUAACUAUUCCAAAUUAAUAUCACUGUUUGAGGGAUUGAUAGGAACAAAUCCUGCUGUAAGGCCAUUAAAAAUUGAUGGUGCUCAGAAGAUUAUUAGCCAGGUUGGCCAGAAACGGGGUAGAUUGAAUAUUGAGGAAGAUGAUGAUGGGCAGCCAAGGAAGAAGGUUCGGCUAGGAGUACCUGCUACACAAUGGAUUUCAAUUUACAAUGCUCGGAUGCCAAUGAAACAAAGGUAUCAUUACAACGUCGCUGAUGCAAGGUUGGCACAACAUGUGGAGAGAGGAAUUGCAGAUGGCCUGCUUAUAAGUUGCGUGUCUUCGUGUUCUAAUCUCUGGGCACUUAUUAUGGAUGCUGGAACGGGUUUUUCAAACCAAGUUUAUGAGCUUUCUCCCUUCUUCUUGCACAAGGAAUGGAUCAUGGAACAAUGGGAAAAGAAUUAUUACAUUAGUUCUAUUGCUGGUGCUAACAAUGGGAGUUCCCUUGUGGUGAUGUCCAAAGGAACCCAGUAUACUCAACAGUCUUACAAAGUGAGCGAUUCUUUCCCCUUCAAGUGGAUAAACAAAAAGUGGAGGGAAGGUUUUCAUGUAACUUCAAUGGCAACUGCUGGGAGCCGGUGGGGUGUUGUAAUGUCUCGGAAUGCUGGCUUCAGUGAUCAGGUUGUGGAGCUUGAUUUUCUCUAUCCAAGUGAAGGCAUCCACAGGCGUUGGGAUAAUGGUUUCCGGAUAACAUCUACAGCUGCAACCUGGGAUCAAGCGGCUCUUAUCUUGAGUGUUCCCAAGCGCAAACCUGGUGAUGAAACACAGGAGACCCUGCGUACAUCACAAUUUCCUAGCACACAUGUCAAGGAAAAAUGGGCAAAGAAUCUGUAUCUUGCUUGUUUGUGCUAUGGACGUACCGUAUCUUAACUCCGAUCAAUUGCAUGGAGUUUGUAAGUCGGAAAUGACGUCAAUGUCAUUUCUUUUUGGUCCCCGGGGUCAAUAUUGUCUGUAAGAAAAUUUGUUGUAGGAGAGGAGUUUGCUGCAGGAGCAGUGACUCUGUUGUACCAUAAGUGUAAGCCGUAUUAGUGGCCUUUUUUAAUUUGAGAUCUUACUCCCCAGUAAUUAGACUACAGUCAACUAUGCUCCCCAGUAAUUAUAGACUACAGUCAACUAUGCUUUUAGUGCCUUUUCCUCA